AUGGAAGAAAAUUCGUAUGUGCAAGAUGCUAAAAUGCCUUAUGACCAUGAGAUUAGUAGUAAUGAUAAAGGAACUGAGCAAGAGUUGGAUGAAGUGGAAACAUCCAAGGCUGGGAUGAUUUUUCAGUCUGAAGAAGAAGUACAUAGUUAUUAUAACAACUAUGCUAAAUGCCAAGGUUUUGGUAUAGCAAAAAGUAGCGUAAAGAACAGAAGUGAUAGUAAAUCAAGAUACUUUUCACUUGCAUGCUCUCGGAAUGGUAAGUUAAUAUCAACUGCAAAAAACUCUUUUAACCCAAGGCCUUCAACUAAGGCAAAUUGUAAGGCAAAAAUCAAUGUAACAGUUAAAGAGAAUGGGAAUUUCAUUAUUACUCAUGUUUAUCUUGAUCACAAUCAUGCAUUAAGUCUAACUAAGGCACGACACUUCCGAUGUAACAAGGCACUAGAUUCUGAUGUUAAGAGAAGAUUGGAAUUAAAUGACUUAGCAGGAAUAAAGUUGAAUAAAAAAUUUCAUGCACUUGUUGUUGAAGCUGGUAACUAUGAAAAUUUAUCGUUCAGUGAGAGAGAUUGUAGAAAUUAUAUAGCAAAAGCAAGACAAUUGAGACUUGGGAUUGGAGAUGCUGAAGCCCUUCGCAAGUAUUUUUAUUGCAUGCAAAAUCAGAAUUCAAAUUUCUAUUACAUGACUGAUAUAGAUGAUGAAGGGCGUUUAAGGAAUGUAUUUUGGGCGGAUGCAAGAUGUAGGGCUGUUUAUCAGUCAUUUGGAGAUGUUAUCGCAUUUAAUAGUACAUACCUUACAAAUAGGUAUAACAUGCAGUUUGCUCCAUUUGUCGGGGUGAACCAUCAUGGGCAGUCUGUGUUACUUGGUUGUGGUUUAUUAUCGAAUGAGGAUACCGAUACUUAUACUUGGUUAUUUGAGACAUGGUUGGCAUAUCGUCAUCGUUGGGUUCCAGUGUUUUUGAAAUGCACUUUUUGGGCUAGAAUGUCAACUACCCAACGAAGUGAAAGCAUGAAUGCUUUUUUUGAUGAGUAUGUUCACUCAAAAACCACCUUGAAGCAAUUUGUUAAGCAAUAUGACAAUGCCUUAAAAAGUAAGAUUGAGAAAGAAAGUAUAGCAGAUUUUGUGACAUUCAGUACUACCAUUCCAACAAUAACUCGUUUUGCUAUUGAAAGGCAUGUAGUCUCUGUGAUGAUCAAAGACAAGGUGAAUGAGGUUCCAUCUCAUUAUAUUCUUAAACGUUGGCAAAAUGAUAUUAAGUGCGGGUACACUUUUGUCAAAAAUACUUAUGAUGAUUUUAGCAAUAAUGAACAGAGGCACCGCAAUAAUAAGUUGAUUCCACAGUUUCAUGAACUUAAAGAACUUGGGACAGAAUCCGAUGAUAAAUGUGAGCUUUUAAUUACAUUAUUGAAUGAGACAAAGGAGAAGUUCAUUGCAACGGACUCAAAUUGUGAUAGUAAACAAAUUAAUCAACAUCUUCUAGGUGCUAACAACAAGUUACUUACUCCUUUGAAAGCGCGAACCAAAGGUUGUCCCCUUUCAAAAAGGAAAGAAUCAUUAGUUGAGAAAAUAGCAAGUAAAGGAAAGAAGGUUCAAAAUAUUCCACUUAUAAUGAAUGAUGGAGUUGUACACAUUAGUGGUCCAAUUGGAUUAAAUAUUGUUGACAGAGUUGCAAUACAAGAAAAUCGUGUGAAUACUUCAACUCAUCUUUGGAAUGCCAUGCAUGCUGGAAUGACUGCAAAUAAGACUCUAGAGGUGUACCCGCCAUAUUAUAUACCCAUGAGCAAUCCAUCUUGGCAAAAUCUUGCAUUCUACCAUCUUCAACAGAGGAUUUGGAUCGGGAAUCUUAGAAAGAGAGGAGCAAUGGUGGUUGUGGAGAAGAAAGGUGGUGACAGUGGCGGAGGAGAGAUUGCCGGUUCAAUCUUCGGCAACUCCAGAUCUGGACCCUUCUUAUCAGGAUGGUUGUGGGGAAGUUCACUCACACAGACGAACCAACUUCAGAACAAACCCACUUCUUGCUUCUUUCCCGGUGAGUGA